AAACGUGCUCAAUCAAAUAAAGGAACAGUCGCGCACGAGUGCAGUGUAUACAAGUGCAUAAAAUUAUAAAUUUUUCUUACAUCUGUGAUUAAUUUUUCUAUGAUGGGCGACGAAAGUUUAAGUUUUCCAGACGAUGUUUUGGACCAACAUAUCGUGACUUUGUUCGAACGUUUGGAAGGCCUAAGGCGAUCUCAAACCAAUAAAGAAGCCAGGCCGCUUAUGCAACUGGAAAUCCGUUCGUUGGAAUUUUGGCGUGCCAUUUUCGCUGAAUGCGUUGGUUCUUUCUUUUAUGUGUUUAUCGUGUGCGGGGCGGCAGCGGGCGCGGGACUCGGAGCUUCGACGUCCGCGGUCCUUCUGGCCUCCGCUCUGGCUUCGGGCCUGGCGAUGGGUAUGCUGACCCAUAGUUUGUCACAUAUUUCGGGUGCCCACGUGAAUCCCGCCGUGACUGUCGGUAUGGCGAUAACGCGGGCGAUUUCGCCCCUUAGAGCUUUAAUGUACGCGGUCGCUCAAUGCGGUGGCGGAAUAGCGGGAGCUGCACUUCUUUACAGGUUAAUACAAGAUACAAACGUCGAACAAUUGAAUGGGCAACAAAAGGAAUUGCUCGCAUUAGGAAUUGUACCACAUCAUCUGCCUUUCUCUCAUGCCCUAUCUAAAAGAGUUGAGAAACCUCGAGGUGACUUCAGCAAAAUCGCCGAAUGA